AUGAGCCCCAGCAAGAUAGCCAAACACUAUAUUCAAUCUAUAGCAGUUUCUUUGGCGGAAAUCAGAGUAUACAUUUCCAAACUUACGAAGUUUAAAGAUUGUGAAAAUUAUUCAAGCUCCACCGAUGUCCUAGAAAGAAUGUCACAAACAUCUCCAUACACACUCAAGGAAGAGACUAUAAGAAACAAUCCUAUCUUGAACAAGACACCUCCAGUCUUUUCUGGCCGUUGCAAAUUAGUCGAUUCAUGGAUUAACGAUAUGAAAAUGUAUAUUCAUUUUCACGAAUUCAAUGAGCAAGAUGCUUUGUAUAUUAUACCUGCUCAUCUUUCUGGAAUGGUCAGAGUUUGGUAUGACCGUCAUAUUGUACAUAAUCCUUUAUAUACCUCUAAAGAAAUGUAUGAAGCUAUCUUAAGCCAGUUUAGUCCGCUAUCCUAA